GUUUCCACUUCUGCGGACUAGCGUUUCAAAAAACAAACAUUCUCCCAAAAUGUAAUAUCUUUUUAGAAAUGAAUGACAGCACCAAGCUGCUUUUAGUAUCUUGGAUAUUUACACAGGACUGAGAAAACAGUAAAGCAAUAAGGAUGUGUGAUGGAAUCUUGGUGUUGUUUAUUUAUUGGCCGUACAAAUCCAUUGUGUUACCCUCAAAUGUAUUACCUUGGGUCAGAGGUGAAGAUAUAGGUGGGUGUUAAGCUGCGAUUCAGACAUGCACACCUUUGUCGCAGAAGCUAUCAUUCUAGAUCAUUGUUUAUAUAAAAACUGAUAGAGCAACGUGGGGAGGUACACAUCUUGCCGCGACGAGGGUCAAGAACGACCCGGCCACGCCUUCAGAUACGACGUUGCCUGAUGGUGGUAACUGAUAAAGGUUCAAAAUGUAAAAGUGGACCAAUGGGAAUGGCCCUGAGUGUCGUCAUUUAACGGGUUGUGCCAGGCAGUCCGUUAAAAUUUCGUCGGUGUUACUCAUCUAACACAGACCGUACACGUUUUGGUUAAAAAGUAGACCGGGUACUGAGUUGUGACAACACUCCCAAAACGACUGGAUAUUUUCCUCAUUUACCUGAGACACAUCACACGGUUUUAAAAAGAACUACAGACAUGCUGUGGAAAGUGUUGCUCUCCUCGUUUGUUGUGUUCGUCGCCAUUCGCGGAAUAGUCGCCACUGAUGACGGCUGCGACUCUCCAUUGGAUUUGUUUUUCGUCCUGGACGGCUCCAGCAGUGUCGGACCACCCAACUUCAGGAAGGUGAAAGAAUUUACCGCCGACGUGGUCAGCAAGUUCACCGUCGGCCCCAAUAAUACUCUUGUCGGUGUGAUACAGUUCUCUCAUUAUUCCAGAAUGGAAUUCAACCUGGGAGAAUAUAUGAACAUGACAACCACCUUGAGCGCCAUUAACGCCAUUAAGUACCAGAAAGGUGCCACAUACACUCCCAAGGCCCUGGACCGCGCUCGCAAGGAGGCAUUGUGGAGAGGCGAGGCUGUUCCAAAAGUGAUGAUCGUUUUGUCGGAUGGGCGGUCUGCAAUUGACGUGACGGAGGCCUCCAAAGCCCUGGCCGAUGCAGGCAUCAUCGUGUACGCCAUCGGUGUGGGCAGGGCUGACCAUGAUGAACUGCUGCUGAUCGCGAACAACGACUUGAGCAAAGUGAUUGAGUUGAGCGACUUCAAUGCUCUGAUCGCAGAGAUAGACCUGCUUGCUGAAGUUGUCUGCGAAGUUGCUCAUGAGCGGGCAGACCCUUGUUACGGCCAGCCUUGCCUUUAUGGAGGCACUUGCCUCCGCAUCAAUGACGACAAGGACUACCGGUGUGAGUGCGCGGAAGGAUACGAGGGGACCAACUGCGAAACAGUUUGUGGCAUCGACGUUGUUUUCGUGGUUGACCGUUCUUCAAGCAUACAGGGACAUCGGUUUGAUGCUGCUAAGCAAUUUAUUAGCGAUUUCGCCCAGUGUUUCGCCGACCAGAGUAUUGGGGAAGCGUCCUACACCGGUGGGCUCAGCGGAAUUACCGGGGCGAUAAGCUUCAUGGUUCAUACGAGCGUUUUCCGUGACGAUGUUCCUCGGGCAGCGGUCAUCAUAACUGACGGGAGCGCUCAAGGUGACGCGGACGGACUGGUCAUGGGUGACUACGCAGACCAGGCUGACGAGGCAAGGGAUGCCGGGAUCACUGUGUACAGCGUGCCCAAUGGGAUUCCAGGAUUUGAGGACAUCGUUGCACUUGAGGCCAUCAGCGGUGGUCCCGACAACGUGUUCAGCAUGUACGACCCCUGCCAACUCGCUAUCCGUAUCCUGCUUGACUUGUACCCAUGCGGUUUGGUGUAGGACGACAACUUGACGACAAAAAAAGUAAACGCAUCCCUGAUCACAGGAAUAGAGGAAACAACUCUCGGCACCGACGAACGCGACCAUGAUAAUGCUCUUACUUUCUAGUCUUUAGUUCAUAAAUACAGAAACAAUAGAACGAACAUGAACAGCAUGGCAACAAUGUGAUACAAACUAUGAUAUAAUGUCUUAUAUCAUCAUGAAAACAUAAAGAAUAUAAAGAAAGUUAUAGAUUUUAAAUAAACAUAUUUGAACACAUAGAUGAAUACAUGACUAAUUGCAUAAAUGAAAAAAAAAAUAACUGACACUAGCGUUAACAGAUGCAAAGUUUAACGUAGACCAAAAUGAAUGAAUACUACAAUGGAUAAUACACAAUACCUGUAGAAAUAAACUAAAACAUCAAGUAGUAUCAAUAUGAACUUAAAUACAGAAAUGGAUAAAAAAAACCAAAUGGUCAGAAUGCUUCAAAUUUUGAUUUAAGAAAACAAAGCAAAAUAAAAGCACAGGUGCUACACAAGGUAAAUGGAAAGUAAAGAGUAUUUCAGCAAUGUCAUCUUAGAUCCCAUCAUAUAUUCCUGUAAAGUACAUGUAUUAGUUGAGUAUCGACACAAGCAUUGAAUGCACUUAAAAGACCUCUUGCUUAGUCAGUUAUUAAAUAGAUGUAUUAUUUAGCAAUGAGCAUAUAUUUACACAAGGCAUACUUAUGAAUUCCCAGCUAGAGUAAGAGUGUCUGAUAUAGUUAUAUUAAGAGCUUUAAGGUAAAAAUGUAUUUCAUGCUAGAAUUAUUAAGCAACCACAACUUUAUUUCUUUAGGUGAAGCUGACAAUGAUAAGAUAUAAGGUGCAUGCUCCUACUUCAUCUUCUAAUCUACAGUAUGACAGUAAAAUCGAUCUUUAAAGAUACAUGCAGAGGUAAUGAUUAAGAAUGAUUAAAAAUUCAGCAGAAAAUCAGCCAAGAGUCAUAUGUUUGCAAAACAAUAUUUCAAGAUAAAUACGAUUUAUUUAGCAACUAAAACAAUAUAACUACUUUAACUAUUUGCAAACCAAUAACUGUCUAAAAACGAAUGAAUUUUUCUUAGCCUUUGGAAUCACAUCAGAAAGUACUAUUGAUGUAGUCUACUAUAAUAUUGGAAAGGUUAGGAUAAUCGUAUGAAUAGAUAUCAGUGUUAACGUUAAUCUUACAAGAAUCUUGAGAGGUAAGAAGAGAGAUAAGCCUUUACUGAAAAAUUGUAAUUAUUGUAGUAUCCACGUUGAAGCAGGAAAGAUCUUAAUACAUAUAUAUAUAUAUAAAGGACACACAUACAUUUUAUGUAAUACGUAUAUGAAUGUAGUAUGUAGUAUAACGCACGCUUGGAUUAGACAAUAAAAGGUGGAGGAAAGAUCA